GUUUGGUUGCAUUUCACCCGGCUAUGUUGCCGCGGCUUCUCCAGCCAUGGCUGCUCUCCCGCGCUGCAGCCUCCUCUUCGCCGACUCUUUCCACCACGAUCGCCUCUGCCAACACGUUGAUGAGGUUCGAUUCACGGAACCAGUGGUCAUCACUGCCUGUGAGGUCGUUGAACUACAUCAGCCUUCUCGGUGCCCUACUCUUGCUUUGAAAGGGAUUACAAGCCCAGAAUCAUGUGCAUUAGAAUUUUACGUGCGCAGUGGAAGAGAUUCACGUUUCCAGCGCUUAGGGCCUGCUUUCCUUCAUUCUCCAGCUGCGAUACCAUUCCUUGAUGUGCAGGCGGCUGUUACUGAGCAUCUUGUGCUCCGAGGCAGCUACAAGUCUCUUACGCUGGUGAUAUAUGGCAAUCUUGCAAGUGAGCUAUGCGUAGAUAACAAUCCGGAUACGAAUAAUGUCUCUCAAAGAGCCACUUCAAAAAUUGUCUCCCUGCGAGAGAUUUUGUGUACACAACCUUCCAGUAUCUUGUCUCUCAGUAACUUACAACUGUAUACUCCUCCGACUAAAGAACAAGGAACUUUACUACAACGUUUGAUAAAAUAUGUGGACGGAAGGGAUGCCACGCAACACAUGGUGUCGAUGUUACUUACAGCUGCAGCCGCAUGGCAUCUAUCUCAUCAACGUCAACGCGAAGGUGCUCAGUGGUGUGCUUUGAAGAAGGAUGACCCGUUAGAUGGGUCCAGAAGCCUUCUCUGUGAUGAUUCCAUUCGGGAGAUGUCAGAGCUUCACAAUUUGUUGCAGCAGAAAGAAGGCGAUGACAAGCAUACGUCUUCAGAUGAAGCUAAUGGUCGAGUGCUGGUGCAAUUGUCUCUGCACUGGCUACAAGUAGGACUAGAUCCCUCUGCUGGAUUAAAUUCUUCAAUCUCUGCGGUUGAGAGCCUUUUAGGAGGGCUAGCUGCAGUCCAGCUUCUGUUCACUUCUUGUCCCAAAGAUGUUCCUGCUUUCUUAGCCGGAGGGGGGAUGAGGUUGUUGCAUCAAGUUGUGGAGGAGAUCUCGGGGACUUCUGCCUUGCUGUUGUUUGCUUUAACCUCGGUUGAGUGUACACUCCGCCAUGCAUCUGGCUGUGAGGAAUUUUCAGCUCAAGACAAACGCAUCCUACUUUCAUUGCUUGAGAAGAAGCAACGCCCUCCCGUUGUCAGUCUUCUUCAGCGAAUUUUACAACGACUUCGGUGCUACGAGCUUGCAGUUACCAUUACGCAGCGAUUAGUGGAGCCUUUAACAAAUCUGGGUUCUGCUCAAAAUUCGGACACCAUUAAAGAAGCUUCAAAAUUACUGAAUGGUCUUCUGAUUGCGCUCAGUAUCAAGAGUUUCGUUGAAAGCACUUCAGUUGAGUACAAUUGGGUGAAACAAGAGGCAAAGUUGCCGACUUCUGCUGGAUCUUGUUACGAUGAUUUCACGAGUUUGUCAGAAGACGUCGAUUGUGCGCUGCUUUCAAUCCUUCAGGAAACAAGCUUUAUGGAAUCGCUUGCAGCCUUCUCGUCUGUACCACAUAUCUGGCCUGCAAAUGGAAGUGCGCCAAAUGUAAGCAUUGAAUUUGCUUCAGCUACACAAAGAUUCCUACUUCGCCUUCUUGAAUGCCGUUCAGGAUUACUGUUUCUUGGUGCUGAUAUGGAGUCACUAACGAAGAUGAUAACUGGCCUCAAGAGUGCAUCUGAGCAAGAGCUUGAGGUAUUACCAAUACGACAUGUGACAGUGCUAUCCUCCUUGGGCUAUUUAUGUACCCCUGGAAGUAUGGCUGAGACAUUGCAUAGCAGGAUUUCUAUGGUUUCUGCAGCAGAUCGCUUUGUAGGUGCCGACGCAGGGUCCGAUGCUGCAUUUGGGGCUCUUUGGGAUCUUGCUUCAAUGAGCAGAUCAGAAGCUGGCAGACAGGCAAUUUUGGCUAUAGUAUCGUUUCCAGAGGUUUUAACGGCCCUGAUUGAAGCUAUCCACCCUUCACCAGACCUUGCAGAAUCAAUGGGAGGCGCAGGAGGACAUUUUGCAACGGAGGCUCUACAGAAGGUGUUUUGUGAUUCGGCCUUGGUCAACCAAAUUGCUCUAACGGUUCAUGCUUCGGCUUUGCAGACUGCUUUGCAAGCAGCUUGCAAUAGUGGGAUGAAUAGCUGUAGUAAGCUUGUUGAGUGGGUGGAGGCUGCCGUCGUGUAUCAAAAGAAGGGAGCAGUUGGUCUACUCAAGCACGCGACAGCUUUGAUUGGCCCGCUGAAUACGAGUAUGACUAUUCAUGUGGAUGGUUCUAUGGGUGAUGAUGCAAACAAUCUGCAUGAUCGAGCCCCUGGUUCUGAGCUUCCCAACUCUAUUAGUAAAGGAACCGGUUCAACACCAAUUCAAUAUUCGGCUAUUCAUGCGCUAACUAUUUCUUUAAGGCUCCUAGCCUCGGCUGGGUGGAACUUGGAAGUUGCUGCAUCGCUUUAUGGAGACGGUGCUGUUGGUGUUGUGAAUAUCAUAUUAGAGCACUGUGUGGCAGCGCUUCAAGCUUCAUCUAAUGAAUUUGAUGAUGAGGAUACAGAAGAAGACGAAGGAAGGGGAGAAGAUUUUCACAAAGAACAAGCUCUGCUCGCUUUACUCUUGCCAACUCUCAUUUUGCUGCUCUCUUUACUCAAAUGUUUGCAGAGCGUAGUUCAACAUUUUUGCAGCACAAGACUGCUAGAUCUCUUAACACAGCUGCAUCAUGUUAUUAGUGCGAAAGCAGGAGCUCAUGAGACAGCCCCACCAUAUUCCUGGACUGGGGAAGUUUUAGAGUUGGGAGCUGUCCAGCAAGUGUUAGCUUCCCUGUUGGCCUUCUGGCCGGUGCAGGGCUGGACUCCAGCUCUAAUGCCACGACUUUUUGGGUCCAAUUCGACUUCUCUGCCUAUGGAGCCUACAGAAGCCUGCAGUGUAAUAUGUUUGCUGGAGGAAUUCCUACCUCCAGAAUGCCCCCGGACGUUUAUGGACAAAGCCGCAGUUUUAGAUGUCUAUCGCACAGUUGCUGUUGGAAACAUUCAUGGCGUGGAGGUGAUGCCUGCUGUUUAUUGGCAUACUUCUCCAAAACAUACGGAUAAAAUGCUUCAUGUGCUUUCUCCUUUCUUGGAGCAGAUUGGACAGCUUGUUGUCCAUUUAGCUUCUUGUACAUGUGAUGUGGUCCAGGAGAGGUUGACGAACCUGGUAGUUCGGCUGGCAUGUCAAAGCUCUGAGAAUGCAGUCAUUGUUCUGCGGCCUGUGCUAUCUGUUCUCCGACAACGCACUGCUGCAGCAGCAAAAUCAUUACUUAGUGAAACUGAUGUCCUCCAGGUAACGCACAUGCUACGCUGGAUUGCUCUUUUGACAGCACAUGCUUCUUCCAAGGCACUCCUUCUGCAAGAAGGAAUUGUACAGAUGCUAUUACAGGUAAUCUCUUUGGAAGCAACGCCCAGUAUUCCAGUCGGCAAAUCGGGUUGGUUAAUGUGGAGCCUUCGAACUGUCGCACGGUUGUGUGACACUGAAGUCUGUUUCCUGCCCGCUGCAUCUGUUGCCAGGCAUAUUUCAGAAGAUUGCCCAAACUAUGACGACUGCUGCGCUAUAGCUUCCUCGCUAUUGCAGCAUUGUCAAUUGAUGCACGUGGAACCACAGAUUGAAGUGCUUGCAGACGCAUUUGAGAAGCUAGCUAGCCAUGAUGUUGGGCGUGCUGCAGUGGCUUCAGUUGCUCUGGGUCAUGCUGGAUGUGCUACUCACAUGAACAAUCAUGAUACUCCAGAAUCUCAAAUAUCAGGGGUGUUUCACAAGGCUAGCCCACCUUUUCUAAAACUUUGGCAGAACUUAGUCUCUGCCAUGGGGUUAGUGGAAUUGAACCCUGUCCUUGUGAGACUUGUGCGACGCUUCGCCCAAGUAGCAAUUGUUCUAACAGAAUCAGGGCAUAGUUCAGUAGGAGGAGUGGCCUUAAGAGCUCUGUUUGGACUCGAUGUAAGUUCUGAGUCUACAGAAUCAAAAACAGUCGGAGAACGAGACGAUAAGUUGGAAGCACCAUCAUGUGUUGUGAGCAUUCUUCAACAACAUUUAACUGACAUCGAGGAUUCUAACGCUACUUUUUCAGUUUUCAGAUCUUCUCUACAUGAGGCUCUCUCUGCAGUUUCCUCUAUGCUGAACUACUUAACUGCUUCAGAAAAAGAGAUUGUUCUUCGUGAAGAGAUUGAAUUGCUGAUCAACCGUUUACCAGCUGCACGCCCUGUUGCUGAGCGUCGAGCAGAAGCUAUUGUAGCACAAUCAUCAUCGUGCUUUGGCUUGGUAUCUUUUAUGGAUGAUGGGGUGAAGCCCAUGGAUACGGAUAUCAGUGAGGCUAUUAAUGGUGAAUCCAAGGGCACCAUACCAUGGGAUUGCCCAAAACUGCCGCAUGAGAGGCCAGUGAUGAAAAUGAGAACGUCGAAGAGAAGAGUUAUUUCUACAAUAGAAGUUGCUAGUAAACGACAGCGUGGCGAUGGUGCCACGAGCGCAGUAGCUAGUCGGACGCCUGUUUUGGUGACUUCAAGCCGACGUGAUACAUUUCGACUCAGAAAACCUAAUACAAGCCGACCACCGUCUAUGCAUGUGGAUGACUACGUCGCACGGGAGAAGAGCAGCGAUGUCCUUUCAGGUAGCAGUCCUGCUGCCGCUGCCACUACAUUGCAGCGCUCAAAUUCUGGCACAAGGAGAGCACCUUCAAUUCAUGUGGAUGAAUUCAUGGCUCGACAACGAGAAAACCAGCAAUCAGAUAUUCCAUUAAUUCAAGGUUAUGCAGAAAAUGGUGGUUCUAGAGCCGUACUUGACUUACUAGAUGGAGAUAAUGGAGCAGACCUGUGUUUGACUGAUAGGAACCUACGUAUCAGUCAAACAACCGCUGAAUACUCCAGUGUCAGCGUGAUAGUGUCGAGCGUGGCAACCUUUUCUGCCGCACCACCUCCGGCUCUCGCAAUGAUGAACACCUCAGUCAUAAAUUCCGAAGUCUUGCAGAGGAAUCCUAACUUUCACUCAGCUUCAGAGCACACUGGCUUCUCCUCACAGAGAUUGGGUGGAAUGAAAAUGGAGCAGAACAAUGGCGGAACGUGCCCAGGAGUUGAGAUCAACAGUCAGCCUCCAUCAUCAGUGGUGAAAGUAAAACUUGAAAGAGCGCCAUCCAUGAACAGUGUCUCUGCUGGGCUACCGUCUCCUUUUCAACCUUAUGAGCAAGAGUUUAAUGCUGCUGUGGCUGCUGCUGUGAAGAUGGAACCUAGACAGCAGCCUGACAGUAACAUCAUGCCACGUACAUUGCACGCAGAAGUCCCAGCAGCACCUCCGCAGCAGCAGGCAUCUCAAUCAGAUUUAUCUUCCCAUCUUCCUCCCCCACCACCUCCUGCGCCCCCGUCCCCGUGGUUGGAUCAGCCGCGGAGAUUGGAUCCUUCGCUGCUCCCCCCUGUCAUCCCUAGGCUGAUACCUGGGAUGAAUGUGCUUCCCUACAAUCAUGGAUCGGGGUCUAGACCACCAGCAGAUCUGCAAGUUGGUGGAGUUGUAUUGCAACCUCCUGCAGGUUUAUGGCGUGAUUCUACUCCUGUUUUCUCUGGCCUUCCUCCACCUGCUCCUCCAAUCCCUGGUCCCAACCCGCAUGGACCUCAAUUUGUACAGCAAUCAUUUAUGGGUGCGAGUAGACCCUUGGAUACUUUGCAAGGUUAUCCAGGUAAUCAUGCAGGCACAGCAUCUACUAGUGAUCACAGAUUUGGGAACUUAAGUGGUCCACCGUCUGGUCAGGGAUCAUCACCUCUUUUUCAGCCCCCAAUUCCAACUGGGAUGCCUCCUUCGCAGAACACGCUUAGUUCAGAACAGUCCGUGCACCGCCCUCCGCCGUUGCAUCUCCAGGAAUCAGAAAUCAUUGCACAGCAAGAACCAGGAGCAGUUUUGCAGCAAAUACUUCAGUCACCAGACACUAUUCACGAACUUCUGAAGGACACCAAAAAGCUUCAGCAGCUGUUGGAGCAGCAUCCAAAACUAGUCGCUCUUCUGCAGGAAAAAAUAAGUCACGGCAUGUUGUGAGGUUGUCUUGUUUUCACAUGAAGAAGGCUUUUGUAAGGUUUUUGGGCACACGAACUGCAUUAUGCAUGCCCUCCUUGCAAUUUAUGCUCCUUGUAAUCAGGAUUGGAUACUGUGACACCAUUCUCCUAUUUUUCCCAAGGUUCGUCAGGUGAAACAUCCGAGGAGACACUCUAGUCUAGAGUCUAGAAUAGCUUGUUAGAUUUUGUCUUUAUACGGUAAAGGUACCCUUUUGUGGUAAUCACUUACGAAUUUGUAUGUACAUAACGACAGGAAACAUGCACUUGUCUUGAGUUUUGAUGGUAGAAUUAGAAGAUUUUCAAGAAGCCCUUACUGAAAUAUCAUCAACGGCUGUAAGCAUUAUAUUCAGUCGGUCCCUGCCAUUUCUGUGUCAUAUAUAUUAUGUCGGGACUAAUGAGGAAGCUGGCGUUUCGGGUC